GCGGCCAGGCGGACCUAGUCCUGACGCUUGCGGGAAACCGGAGGGCCAGCCUUGGUGGGGCAUCUGUAAAAUGUGACGUGGCUGAACAGGCUUCAGAUGGGUGAUGCCCGAUGCACAGAGAUCGCCCAUCGCGUCUGUGCGAGAUCCGAAGGCUUGGCGGAGGCAGCGUCUGGUGACUUAGCCCCAGGGCUUGCUGCGAAGAGCUCCCUCCUUACAGGGUCUCACACGUGGCACAGAGAGAACUAGUCCACUCUAGGUUGUGACCAUCUUCUGCAUCCUUGUUCUCACAAGUAAGGGUUUCAACGGCUCCGACGAGCUGUGUGGACCAAGCAUUAUCCAUCUACCUUCCUACUGCCCGCCGACUCUGCUUCCACUCCAAUCCAAGUGACUACUUGGGCUCACUGAGGAUAUUCACUUAACUGCUACCUGCUCUAGCCAGGAAAUGGACUCACUAGUUUUUGAUGAUGUGGCUGUGGAGUUUACCCAGGAAGAGUGGGUUUUACUGGAUUUUACUCAGAGGAAACUCUAUAGAGAUGUGAUGAUGGAAACCUUCAGGAACCUAGCCUCAGUUUUUAAACAGGAUGAUAAUGGAGAAAUGUUGUCCAUGAAGAAUGACUCCUGGUCCUCUGUGUUAGGAGAAAUCUGUGAGGUCCAUAAUAUUGAACAACAAAAUAAUCAGGAAAGGCACAUGAGACUAUCUUCAGUAGAGAACCUCUGUGAAAGUGAAGAUGAUGGAGAAGGUAAUCACUAUGGGAACAUUUUCAACUGGAUUGGAACUCUUACUAGGCUUAAAAAGACAACUGAUGAAGUAAAUCCCCUUGAAUGCUUUGAAUGUGGAAGAGCCUUCAUGGACCAUUCAUCAUUUAAGCUUCACAUGAGAUGUCACACUGUAUAUAAACCAUAUCUUUGUAAGGCAUCAAAAGAAGACUGCAGCUUUCCUUCUUAUCUAAAACCUUAUGUGAGAGAUGAACAUUGUAACCACUGUGAGAAAUCUUGUACUUGUUCCCUAAACCACACUAGACAUAUAAGAGCUCACAGUAGAGAUAGGCGUUAUGAAUGUAAGGAAUGUGGGAAAGCUUUUAACUAUCUCUCGAGCCUCACUAGACACAUAAGAACUCACAAUGGAGAGAGGCCUUAUGAGUGUAAGGAAUGUGGAAAAGCCUUUAGCUAUCUCACAAGCCUCACUAGACAUAUACGAUCUCACAGUGGGGAGAAGCUUUUUGAAUGUGUAGAAUGUGGGAAAACCUAUAGUCAUUCUUCAAACCUCACUAGACAUAUAAGAACCCACAGUGGAGAGAGGGCUUAUGAAUGCAAAGAAUGUGGCAAAAGCUUUAGUCUGCCCUCAUACCUCACUAGACAUUUAAGAACUCACAGUGGAGUGAAGCUGAAUGCAUGUAAAGAGUGUGGGAAAGCCUUUAGUUGUUCUUCAUCCCUUACUACCCACAUGCGAACUCACAGUGGGGAGAAGCCGUAUGCAUGUAAGGAAUGUGGGAAAGUCUUCAGUGUGUCCUCACACCUCACUAGACACAUCAGAACUCAUAGUGGAGAAAGGCCUUACGUGUGCAAAGAAUGUGGGAAAGCUUUUAUUUGCUCUUCAUCCCUCACCACACAUAUGCGAAUUCACAGUGGAGAGAAGCCUUAUGAAUGUAAGGAAUGUGGGAAAGCCUUUAGGUUUUCCUCAUCUCUCACCAUACAUAGAAGAUACCACAGUGGAGAGAGGCCUUUUGAGUGUAAGGAAUGUGGGAAAGGCUUUUGUCGGGCCUCACACCUCAAGACCCAUAUAAGAACCCACAGUGAGGAGAGGCCUUAUGACUGUAAAGAAUGUGGGAAAGCCUUUAAGGAAUUGGCUCAACUCACUGGACAUAUAAGAACUCACAGUGGAGAGAGGCCUUUUGAGUGUAAGAAGUGUGGGAAAGCUUUUAGUCGUUCCUCUUCACUCACUAUACAUAUAAGGACGCACAAUGGAGAGAGGCCUUAUAAAUGUAAGGAAUGCAGGAAAGCCUUUAUCUGUUCCUCAUCUCUCACCACGCAUAUGCGAACUCACAGUGGAGAGAGGCCUUAUGAAUGUAAUGAAUGUGGAAAGACUUUUACUUGUUCAUCUUCUCUUACAACACACAGAAGAUCUCACAGUGGAGAAAGGCCUUAUGAAUGUAAGCAUUGUGGAAAAUCCUUUAGUCGGUCCUCUCACAUCACUAUGCAUAUAAGAACACAUAGUGGAGAGAGGCCUUAUGAAUGUAAAGAAUGUGGGAAAGCAUUUAAGCAAUAUUCAAAACUUAUGAGACAUGCAAAAGUUCACAGUGGAGAACAACCUUGUGAAGGUAAAAAAUUUGAAAGAGCCUUUAGUUUGUUCACACAUCUCACUGACAGUAUAAGCUCUCACACUGCAGAGAACCUGCACUGCAGUGAAUUACCAUUAUAUGAAUCUUCUAGCCAUGGUCUGGAAACUCCUAAAUAAUUAUUGCAUGAGACUGUGCAGAUAAGAUGCAUGGCACUGUUGUGGGGAACUGUUCAAUUUUACCGCCCACUAGGUUUUCAAAAGGCCAAUCUCAGAUGUGUAGGGUGUCCUCAUUAAUGUAAAAAAGUCAGGGCAGGAGCAGAGUGCAUCCUAUGGAUGUGAGAUCCCUACAUUUAGAACCUUCUAACCUUAGGAGGCCUUGUUUAGUAAUAUAGGAGUGGUGUGAUAUGCUGGGAGGGACUGAAAGCACUGCAGAGAAAUACCCAGCAACAGAACUAGGAGGCUGGUACAAGGCUGCAUGGUGGGAUGGAGCAAGGUACCCACAGUGGGUGUGUUGGCCAAUCAGAGGAGACAACUAAGUACAUCCAGGCGAGGUGGCCACUGGUAAAGUGGGUUGCCUCCAAUUACUUGUUGGUAUAGCUCGGCUUGUCAAUCUGCAAGAGCUGAGUGCCUUGGGCAGGAGAUUUCCUGGCCCAGUGGGGUGUGCUUUGCACACUCACCAGCAUUGUUAAAGAGGUGUAUCACUUACCUGAACAGGGCUCAGCAGCAGUAAGAUUCUGACUGGUAUCCAGGGGCAGGGGCCAAAAAGAAGCUGUUCUGAUUAAAGAACUGCAUCUGGAGUUGUUCCUACUAUUGCCUCCAUUUUGACUCUGACCCCGAACCUGAAUUUUACCUAUAAUUUCCCUAAUAAACUCCAUUAACUGAA